AUGUACAAAAGAAGAAAUGAGCAAAUCCAAAAUCAAGGUAACGUCGACGUUUGGGGUAGUAACAUACUUGCUCCGACCCCACAGGUGACGGCAAGUUGUGGUAGUGGAUUUUGUUGUAAUAAUUCUAAGGCGCCAAUACAACUAGCGGCCAUAAGUUUACCAACAUUUUCGGGUAUCUAUAGUGAAUGGCCUACAUAUUAUGACAUUUUUGGGGUUAUGGUACACAAAAACGAUCAAAUAAGCGAUAUUCAAAGGUUAUUUCAUUUGCGCGCAUCGUUAUCGGGUGAAGCGGCUCAAGUCAUACAAGGCAUAGAGAUAACCGCCGCCAAUUAUAGUAUCGCUUGGGAAAGUUUGAUCGCCAGAUAUAAUAAUAAAAAGGUGCUUAUUCAAUCACAUACUAGAGGCUUGUACGAAUUAUCAGCGAUAACUGAAGAAUCCAAACAAUUGCGAACAUUUAUUGAUAAAUUAAAUUGUCAUAUCAACACUUUGGAGUCCUUGGGAGAAAACCCUCGAGGGUGGGGAUCUAUGUUAAUUCAUUUAAUUACGAGCAAAUUAGAUAUUGACACCAUAAAGGCAUAG